CAAGUUGAUCGGGUCAACCCAUUUGUACUAAAGAACAAAUUAUAAAAAUGACACCUUAAUUUGUCACUAUUGACAAAAAGAGCUGCAAUACAUUAAACUGGUAAGAGAACACAAAUUCAUAAUCAGAAACCCCAAGCUCAGCUGCCACAAAAAAUGAAACUCAUUUAUGUCUUCUUCUUUCUUUACCUUAAUCAUAUUCGCAACCAUCUUCAAGCUCAGCCAAGCACUGAAGGAAUCGCCUGCGCCAUUAACCAAACCAUAAAUCCAUGCCAAACCUACGCUUUUUACAGAGCCACGUCACCUAAUUACCUUGAACUGGCCUCCGUCGGCGAUCUUUUUUCCGUCAGCCGGUUGAUGAUAUCAGAACCAAGCAACAUCUCGUCUCCGGCCUCCCCAUUAAUCCCAAAUCAAUCUCUAUUUAUACCCAUUUCAUGUUCUUGCAAAACUGUGAACUCCACUACUAAUAUUUCUUACUCCUUUUCAAAUAUUUCAUACACUAUCAAAGCAGGCGACACCUAUUACAUCGUAUCCACUAAUAACUUCCAAAAUCUAACCACUUUUCAAGCGGUUGAAGUUGUGAACCCGACCCUUGUUCCUACGUUGCUUGAUAUCGGGCAAGAAGUUUUUUUCCCUAUAUUUUGUAAGUGUCCGAAUCAAACCCAGCUGCGAAAUCAGGUGAAUUUUAUGGUCUCUUAUGUUUUUCAACCUUCUGAUAACUUGUCAUUAGUUGCUUCAACAUUUGGAGUUCAGACAGAGUCUAUUGUUGAUGUAAAUGGUAACAAUAUUCAACCUUUUGAUACUAUUUUCAUUCCGGUUAAUAAACUUCCAAAAUUGCCCCAGCCUGUAGUUUUUCCUGCUGUGUCUACUGUGAAAAAGGAGAGAAAAGGGUUGAUAAUAGGAUUAUCUGUUGGGCUUGGUAUUUGUGCAAUUCUGUUGAUUUUGGUUGGUGGGGUUUGGGUUUUGAGAGAAGGUAAGUUGAGGAGGAGACAGAGGGAGAAUUAUGAGGAGGAACGGAUUUAUAAAGGAGAGAGAGGUUUGAAGGAUAUGGAAAUAAGUUUGAUGGCUGAUGUUUCAGAUUGUUUGGAUAAGUAUAAGGUGUUCAAGAUUGAUGAGUUGAGAGAAGCUACUGAUGGGUUUAAUGAGAGUUUCUUGAUUCAAGGCUCUGUUUAUAAAGGAUCCAUUCAUGGAGAGGAUUAUGCCAUCAAGAAGAUGAAGUGGAAUGCCUAUGAAGAGCUUAAGAUUUUACAAAAGGUAAACCACGGCAAUUUGGUGAAGCUAGAAGGCUUUUGCAUAGACUCGGAGGACGCUAGUUGCUAUCUAAUCUAUGAAUACAUAGAAAAUGGUUCACUCUACACAUGGUUACAUGGCAACAAGGAUGAAAAGCUAAACUGGAAGACAAGGUUACGGAUUGCCAUUGACAUAGCCAACGGUCUGCAAUACGUUCAUGAGCAUACUAGGCCAAGGGUUGUGCACAAAGAUAUUAAGAGUGGCAACAUUCUUUUAGAUUCAACAAUGAGAGCGAAAAUUGCCAACUUCGGACUAGCAAAAUCAGGUUGCAAUGCGAUAACAAUGCAUAUAGUUGGUACUCAGGGCUACAUUGCACCGGAAUAUCUAACUGACGGAGUAGUCUCAACAAAGAUGGAUGUUUUCGCAUUUGGUGUUGUUCUGCUCGAGCUCGUAUCUGGCAUGGAAGCUAUUGACGAAGAGGGUAAAGUUUUGUGGGCAAAAGUUGGUGAAAUUUGGGAUGGAAAUGAGGAAAGGAAGGAGAAGAGAUUGAAGGCAUGGCUGGAUGGGAGCAUUAUGGACGAGUCGUGUUCGAUGGAGAGUGUAAAAAAUGUAAUGAAUAUUGCUGUUGCCUGUGUGCAUAAAGAUCCUUCAAAAAGGCCUAGUAUGGUUGAUGUUGUGUAUGCUUUGUGCAAGAGUGAUGAUUUGUUUUUUGACAUUUCAGAAGAUGGAUUUGCUGAUCAUCAAAUUAUGGCAAGAUAAGUUAAAGUUUUGUAGUUUUCAGAAUAUGUAUAUUUGAGUGUGUGAUAAUUGAUGCAGUAUAUGUACAAUAAAAUAUUGUGAAACAUAAACUGAAUAACUAUUUUUUUUUCUUAGGGAGCAUUUUAUCAUA